AUGGUCAAAGCGAAGAAGAAGACGACGGAGAACGUCAACGCCCGUCUCGCACUUGUCGUCAAGUCCGGCAAGUACACCCUCGGUUUCAAGUCAACAAUCAAGACUUUGAGAUCCGGCAAGGCCAAGCUCAUUCUCAUCGCCUCCAACACCGCCCCGCUCAGAAAGUCAGAGCUCGAGUACUACGCGAUGCUUGCGAAGUGCCAAGUGCACCAUUUCCAGGGAAACAACAUCGAUCUCGGCACCGCCUGUGGAAGAUACUUCAGGACAAGCGCAAUGGCGAUCACCGACCCGGGAGACAGCGAAAUCGACUCCGUCUUCCUGAACCAGGAGAGUUAG